GAAAAUCUUAUCUUCUGGUGAAGAAGAGAAAUAUGAGUUCCAUAAGCCAAAGCAUUCUCAUGGCUUUAACAGUAACUGUUAACAAAUAUGCUUCUUCCAAUGUUCAAGCUGUACGCAGAAACGAUACCAAACGUGAUUCUUUAACCGCUCCAGUUGCUGAUUUAGGACGCAGAAACAUCCUCUUCUCCUCAACGUCGUUCAUCGCCACUGCUUUGACCAGCAGCGAUCAGCUUCUCCAGAAGUAUUUGAAGAAGACUGAGGAAAACAAAGCCAAGAAUGAUAAAGAGAGAUUGGACAGUUUUUACAAGAGGAAUUAUAAAGACUACUUUGAGUUUGUUGAAGGAUCUAUAAAAGGAAAGACAGAAGCAGAGCUCAGUGAAUCUGAAAAAAGGAUUCUUGAAUGGCUCAAAGCCAACAAAUGAUGAUGAUGAUGAUGAUGAUUAUGAUUGAUGAUGAUGAUAAAUUUUUGUAUGUCUAUGAAACUUUUUUUAAAAAGGCUGCUCAGUAAUUUAUAUAUCUUUUUUUUUUUUUUUUUUUUUUUUUUUUUGCUAAACCAUUGCAACAAGGCUAAAUGUCACAGUGUGCCACUGGUAAUUUAUAUA